AUGACCUUUGCGGGCCUGGGCAUCUUCGAAGCCCGCGAGGACGCCGCCAAGACCGUCGACGCCGAGGCCGGCGGGCCCGAGGCGUACGAUGACGACGGUGGUGGUCAAGAAGAAUACGAAGAAGACGAGGAGGCCGGUGAGGUCGAGGAGGGCUUCCAGGAUUUCGACGGGGAGGCGUGGGCGCAGAUGCCCUUCGCCGCGGGCAUGUCUAUGCCAUGGUCGGCAGCGGCGGCGUGCGCGGGGGUGGGCAUGCCGUUCUGGCCGAUGGGCGGGGCCUGUGGCCCCUGCGGCGGCGCGAUGCCCGGGUCGGCGCGGGCGGGCCCGAUGAGCCGUUACAGAGGCUCUCUGAAGCAGCGCUUCUGCGCGACCUUCCCCAGCGUGAACCGCUGCCGCCACGGCGCAGCGUGUGCCUUUGCGCACAGCCGCGAGGAGGUGAGCGCUCCGCUGCUGACCCCCGAAGAGGAGACGUACGUGCCAGAAGCUCUGACGUCGGAGUUCUUCACAGAUCGCUUCAAGGUGUUCUGGUGCCCGAUCGGCGGCCAGCACGAUUGGCACUCCUGCAUGUACGCCCACACCUAUCAGGACGUCCGCAGACCUCCUUCAAUUGGCUACGGGCACCAGCUGUGCCCGUACUGGAACAAGAAGGAUACGAGCCUGCCCUACUCGCAGCGCUGCCCGCUCGGCCCGCGCUGCCCGUACGCGCACGGCGCCAAGGAGCAGCUGUACCACCCGGGCUACUUCCGCACCCUCGUGUGCAGGGACCUGCAGCGCAGGAGGCGCCCCUGGCGCCCCCACGGCCCCUGGCACUCGGCCGCCGCCGCGGGCUCCGAGGACUACAACAGGCCGCUGGACAAGAGCCAGUUCCCCGAAGACUGGUUCCACUACUUCAUGAACCCGCCCCGCUUCCAGGACGUCUGCGACGGGCCGGAGGACAUGCCAUUCGUCGCCUUUUCGGACAUGGUUCCGCCCAAGGACGACGCGCUGCAGGAGAGCAUCGAGACGCCCCGCACGCGCGCGCACUCGGGCGACAGCCUGGACGGCUUCGAGGCGGCCGCCUCGGGCCGCAGCAGCGCCCGGAGAACAGGCGCGGCCAGUGGGCGUGGCCGCGGUGCCGCCCGCGGCUUCCAGCCAGCCAUGGGCUACUGGGACGCCUACGGCGCGGCCCUCGGCGGCUGGGGCGCCCCGCCCACCGGCGCCGGGCUCGACAGCAGCUACCCGGCGUACGCAGGCAUGGGCUACCUCACUCCGGCCUGGGACCCCAGCUACCCGAUGUACGCGCCAGGGCCAGAGCGGUAA